AUGACGGACUUGAAGCCGGACACGUACUAUUACUACCAAUACGGCCACGAGGGACAUGCUCUGAGUCACGUGCGACGCUUCAAGUCGCGGCCUCCAAAGAGUACUAAGUACGCAAACUUUAUUGCGUAUGCCGAUAUGGGCGCGUACGUUGAGCCAGGCUCGGCGUCGACUGCUGGAAGAGUUUACGAGGAAGUGAUGGGAGGAGGAUACGAUUCCUUCUUGCUGCACUUCGGCGACAUCAGCUACGCUCGAUCGGUUGGAUACAUUUGGGACCAGUUCUUUCAUUUGAUCGAGCCCUACGCGACCAGAUUACCAUACAUGGUGGGCAUCGGAAAUCACGAAUACGACUACAACAGGGGUGGAAAGCAUGACCUGAGUGGUGGCAUGCUACCGUACGGGGGAAGCUUCAACCCGUCGUGGGGUAACUUUGGUAUCGAUUCGGCCGGGGAGUGCGGAGUGCCAAUGCACCAUCGAUGGCAUGCUCCCAAGACAGGAAACUGGAUUUACUGGUACUCGUUCAACUACGGCGGUGUCCAUGUCAUCCAAAUGUCGACCGAGCACAACUGGACCCGCGGAUCCGAGCAAUAUGAAUGGCUUCAGCACGAUUUGGAGCAAGUGGAUCGCAGCGUCACUCCGUGGGUGGUGCUGACAGCUCAUCGCAUGAUGUAUACGACCCAGAUGAACAUCGAGUCCGAUAUGAAGGUUUCCUACAAGUUUCAGGAGGAAGUUGAAGACCUGAUUUACAAGCACCGUGUUAAUUUGAUGAUGGUUGGCCAUGAACAUGCUUACGAGCGAAGCUGCCCAUUGUAUCGUAAAGAGUGCUUUGCUGAUGGCAAAGGCACGGUGCAUAUUGUGGUGGGCUCUGCUGGUUAUCCACUCGGGACUGAGGACUUCUCUGACAAGUACGGGAAGUGGAGUCUCCGCCACGUCAACGACUAUGGAUAUCUUCGCAUCGCCACAAGCCCGGAAGACAUGCGGAUCCAGUUCGUGCUCAACAAGAACGGCAACGUGUACGACGAGUUCAUUAUCGAGCCCUGGGAGGACUAA